AGGAUGUAUGUGUACUGUCUUAAACUAGAGAGGGACGUCAGUGCAAUCGACCCAUUUUUCUUUUAAUUUUUGGGUUUCUUUUUUUUAAAAAAAAAAAUUUCCUCUAGACAGUUUAUCUUCAUUCAACUGUCACUCUUUUCAGCUAUUUCAGCCUGUAGUUCCAAAUUGAUUCACAGUAAACAAGAAAGGAUGAGUCAGGUUCUAAAUUUCUUCUUAGGAUACUCUUUACCAAGAAAAUCAGAUUGUCACAUUGGUUUUUCAAAGUUUCAAGAUUUGCCACAAAUUAGACCAGUUUUGUCUUAUGGGAAGUCUUCUGCAGUACAAAAAUGUAAAAAGAUUCAAUUUUUACUGAAAGCUUUAAAUUUGGAGGUGGAUGAUCAUGCUGAUUUAAGUUCAUUUCAAGAUGAGGCUGAAGCUGGUGAUGGGAGAGAUCCAGUUAUUUUACCUCACGUGCGAACCCUUAGAAACUUUCCACUGGAGGAGCUAAUUGGAAAAGUUGUCUUGGUCAGAUUGGAUUUGACCAUCUUGCUAAGGGAGAAGAAGAAACAACAGUCUCCAGCAGCUCGUGUAAUUUCAACCAUCAAGUAUCUACACAAAGCUGGGGCAAAAUUAAUUCUAACAAGUAGUUGGAGUCGGAGAGCUGAUUCACAGCUUCUCAAAUUGGAACGUGUUGCAGAAUUUCUGUCUUCGGAACUUGAACUAAAAGUCAUACCAGUGGAGCUUGGUUCUGGAUUUGAGCAGUCUCAGAUGGAAGACAGACAUAAAUUAGACAUCCUUCUGCUUGAGAACCUUUCUCGGUUUAAGCAGGAGCAAGCCAAUUGUUCAGAGUUUGCACGACGCCUAUCAUCUGGGGUGGAUAUCUUUGUUAAUGAUGCAUUUUUCCAAUCACAUAAGAUUCUUGCAUCAAAUGUUGGUAUUACCAGCUUCUGCUAUGCCUCCAUUGCGGGAUUUCACUUUGAUGAUGGAAUGUCUCAACUGAAGAAGAUAAUCGAGAUGAACAAGAGGCCCUAUUACGCAAUAAUUGGUGGAGCUAAUCUCGCUGGGAAAGCAUCAGCCUUGCAAUUUUUGGCAUCUAAAUGUGACGGUUUAGUGUUUGUUGGAGAUGCUGCAUUUCAAAUAAUGCAUGCUUUUGGAUUACCUGUUCCUAUGAAAUUGGUGGAACAAGAAUCAUUAGAGGCAGCCAAUAUGCUAGUUGAGGCUGCAAAGGUGAGAGGAGUACAAAUCAUAUUACCAAAAGACUUUUGGUGCCUACAUGAUCAUUAUCCACUAGAGAUGAAGAUUUUUCCUGCUAAUCAUAUCAUGGAUGGAUGGAAACCUGUUGAUGUUGGACCCACCACAUUGGAGGAAAUGCUUCCCAUGCUUUCAAGAUGCAAGAAAAUUUUGUGGAUUGGAGCUGUAAAGUUCAGCUCAUCAAAUCAAGAAUCUGCUGGAGCAUCCAAAUUGGCUGCAAUGCUUCAUAAUCUUAGUCAAAAAAACUGUGAUCUUAUUGUGGUUGGCAAACAGGCAUGUGAGACAUUUGUUGGGAAAUCAAGCUAUGUAACAGCUGAUACGAUUGAAAACGCUUCCAUUGUCUGGGAGUUUCUGAAAGGGAGAAAGCUUCAUGGGCUCUUGGCACUAGAUAGAGCAUACCCAUUUGAGUUGAAUUGGAAUGCUAUAUAUGCUAAUACGACCCAACCUCUUGUUGUUGACGUAGGAAGUGGCAAUGGCUUAUUUCUGUUUAGAAUGGCAAAGAUGAGGAGGGAUUGGAACCUUCUUGGGAUGGAGUUAAAUGAAAAGUUGGUGAGCCGUUGUCUUGAUCACGUUUCUCAAUCUGGCAUGUCAAAUAGAUACUUCAUAGCAACAAAUGCCACAUCAACAUUUCGCUCCAUUGUUUCCAGUUACCCUGGUGAUCUGGUUCUUGUGUCAAUUCAGUGUCCAAAUCCAGAUUUCAAUAGAACAGAACACCGAUGGAGGAUGGUGCAGAGAUCAUUAGUUGAAGCAAUAGCGGACUUGCUGGCUUCUGAUGGGAAGGUAUUUCUCCAAUCUGAUGUAAAACAAGUUGCCGUGAGAAUGAAAGAAGAAUUUAUGAAAUAUGGAAAGGGCAAGCUCACAGUAGUGCAUGAUUUGGAAGAUAACACCAGGACUCAAGAUGGGUGGUUGAAGGAAAAUCCCUUUGGUAUUCGAUCAGAUUGGGAGCAACAUGUUAUAGACCGUGGAGCUCCUAUGUACAGAUUACUGCUAUUGAAAUCUUCGCCUUCUGGGUGAGGUAGUUGCAAUAAGGUGGAUUAUUCACGAACAAAAUCAUCCUUAAAAUGAAAUCUACAGACACUCUUGUUCAGUGGCUAUUCUUCUCUCUCCGAGGUAAAUUUCAUGCUAAAUUUUUCAAAUUUGGUAUAUUAUCCCUCUGAAACAAAUUUUACUUGUGCAAUUAAACUGUAGCUAUUAAGUCGUUAAUUCAUUUCCUUGCUGCCUUAAAUGCGUUGUUCAGCCAAGAAGUAUUAUCUCUGAAUUCUAUCUUUGAUUUUCUCAUAUUCCAUCUUGCAGUUUAUCGAUCACAAUAUUUAUUUUCUUAAUUGACAUCUCUUAUAUCAUGCAAUUUAAGCUACAAUUGGCUAUAUGGAGAUAUAAUGGGGAGGAAAAUGCCCUAUGGAAGGAAGUGAUCAUGACUAAAUUUGGUGAACUUAGCCCUUGGUGUACACAAACAGUCACUGAACCCUUCGGGAUUGGAGUAUGGAGAACUAUCAGGGAUCUAUGGCCAUUGAUGGAAGCAAGUCUGAAAUUUAAGGUGGGUAAUGGGGACAAGAUUAAAUUCUGGAAAGAUGGAUGGAUUGACCAAACUCCUCUAUUGGAAUCAUUCCCAGAUCUGUUCAUUAUUUGUAAUGAUCCUGAUGCAAGAGUGUGUGAAUGUUGGACACCCCAGGGGUGGGAUCUUUCUUUUAGAAGAUUGCACAAUAAUUGGGAAGUGGAGAGGGUGGCAUCAUUACUUGAAAAGCUAGGAGGCUCCAGCGGUAUCACAACAGAACCUGACAGGAUUAUAUGGAAGCAUAGCAAGGAUGGUUGUUUCACAGUUAACAGUGCAUACAAGAUAGAGAUGCAAGGUGUAGUUGAAGGCCACAAUAACAAUGGAAUUCCAUCCGGAAAACCAUGGUACCCCCCAAGGUGAAAUGUUUCACAUGGUUAGUGGUAAAGAGAGCCUGUCUCACUCAAGAAGUUUUACAAAAGAAAGGGAUGCAGUUAGUGCCCAGAUGUUUUCUCUGCAACAAAACAGGGGAAACUAACAAACAUCUGUUUCUUCAUUGUGAGUUCACUGCCCAUCUUUGGGAAAUCUUAGACAAUCUAAUGCUAGAUGGAUCAUAACAAAGCACACCGCAGAUCUGUUCAGUUGCUGUAUUAGAAGGGGAGGGAGCAAAAGUCAGAAAAGGUGGUGGAGGAUAAUACCAGCUUGCAUAUGGUGGACUAUGUGGAGA